AUGUCAGCACAAGUUACUAAUAUUAUUCUGGAUCUAUUGAUUAUUGGAAGUGCUACACUUGCAGUAUUAGUAUCUCUUAUAAUGAUUUUAAUAAUGUUAAUUCAUAAAUCAACUAUAAAACGUGAUCGAACAGCUCAUUUAUUAUGUAUUAAUAUGUAUGUAUCUCUUUUAAUUGGUUGUGGUAUGAUUUUAAUCAUUUACUGUUACACUCUUUAUGGUCAUAUUUAUAUAAUCAUUUCAUUUGAUGGACCAUGGUGUUAUGCACAAGCUUAUUUACUUUAUGUUAGUGGAUGUGGAUUUUUCUAUUCAUAUUUACUUCAAGCUAUUUAUCGACUUUGUCGAAUUGUACAUUAUACAAAACCAUCAUUACAAUCUUUUCGAUUAUAUGUAUAUGGAAUAGUUAUUCAAUGGAUUCUGAGUUUUCUACAAGUUAUACCAGUCCUUUUACUUAGAACAUUUGAAUAUCUUUCUCAAGAUUAUCAUUGUCAAAUAGCAAUAUAUAAUGUACGAGGUUUAAUUAUGGGUUUAUCAAUGGUUCAUAUGAUACCAAUUUCUUUAACAACAAUUUGUUGUAUUUAUACAAUGAUGUAUAUACGAAGAAGAAGUGUUAUAAGGAAAUCAAUUCGUCAACAAGCUAAUGAUCGUCGAGAUUUUCUUGUUUUAAAACGUAUAUUUAUACUUCUUAGUAUUUUAAUUGCAUCGGGUAUGCCAACAUUAGGUAUUAGUUUAUUUUUUCAAAUUUCUGGAUAUCUUCCAUUGUGGUCGACUCAAUUUCAAUGGUUAACAGCAACUUUUUCAAUAUUUACUGUUUCUGUGAUUCUAAUAUUUGUUUCACCAAAUAUACCAAAGUUUUGGAAACGACAAUGA